GGCCCAUGAGCACCAUGCGGCUGCUGCCGCUCGCCCUGCUCUUCUCCUGCUCCUUCGCCCGCGCCGCCUGCGACCCCAAGAUCGUCAACGUGGGCGCCGUGCUGAGCACGCGCAAGCACGAGCAGAUGUUCCGCGAGGCGGUGAACCAGGCCAACAAGCGGCACGGCGCCUGGAAGAUCCAGCUCAACGCCACCUCGGUCACGCACAAGCCCAACGCCAUCCAGAUGGCCCUGUCGGUGUGCGAGGACCUCAUCUCCAGCCAGGUCUACGCCAUUCUAGUCAGUCAUCCUCCCACCCCCAACGACCACUUCACCCCUACUCCCGUCUCCUACACAGCCGGCUUCUACCGCAUCCCUGUGCUAGGGCUGACCACCCGGAUGUCCAUCUAUUCAGACAAGAGCAUCCACCUGAGCUUCCUGCGCACUGUGCCACCCUACUCCCACCAGUCCAGCGUCUGGUUUGAGAUGAUGCGAGUCUACGGCUGGAACCACGUGAUCCUGCUAGUCAGCGAUGACCACGAGGGCCGGGCAGCGCAGAAGCGCCUGGAGACGCUGCUGGAGGAGCGCGAGUCCAAGAGUAAAAAAAGGAACUAUGAAAACCUCGACCAACUGUCCUAUGACAACAAGCGCGGACCCAAGGCUGAAAAGGUUCUGCAGUUUGACCCGGGGACCAAGAACGUGACGGCUCUGCUGAUGGAGGCGCGGGAGCUGGAGGCACGCGUCAUCAUUCUCUCCGCCAGCGAGGACGACGCUGCCACCGUGUACCGUGCGGCCGCGAUGCUCAACAUGACGGGCUCCGGCUACGUGUGGCUGGUGGGCGAGCGCGAGAUCUCAGGGAACGCCCUGCGCUACGCCCCGGAUGGCAUCAUCGGACUGCAGCUCAUCAACGGCAAGAACGAAUCGGCCCACAUCAGCGACGCGGUGGGUGUGGUGGCCCAGGCGGUGCAUGAGCUGCUGGAGAAGGAGAACAUCACGGACCCGCCGAGGGGCUGCGUGGGCAACACCAACAUCUGGAAGACUGGGCCGCUGUUCAAGAGGGUGCUUAUGUCUUCCAAGUACGCGGAGGGCGUGACUGGCCGCGUGGAGUUCAAUGAGGACGGGGACCGGAAGUUCGCCAACUACAGCAUCAUGAACCUGCAGAAUCGCAAACUGGUGCAAGUGGGCAUCUACAAUGGCACCCAUGUCAUCCCAAAUGACAGGAAGAUCAUCUGGCCAGGGGGAGAGACGGAGAAGCCGCCAGGGUACCAGAUGUCUACCAGGCUAAAGAUCGUGACCAUCCACCAGGAGCCCUUCGUGUACGUGAAGCCCACCAUGAGUGACGGGACGUGCAAGGAGGAGUCCACGGUCAACGGCGACCCGGUCAAGAAGGUCAUCUGCACGGGGCCCAACGACACUUCCCCAGGCAACCCACGACACACCGUGCCUCAGUGUUGCUAUGGCUUCUGCAUUGACCUGCUCAUCAAGCUGGCACGAACCAUGAACUUCACCUACGAGGUGCACCUGGUGGCGGAUGGCAAAUUCGGCACCCAGGAGAGGGUGAACAACAGCAACAAAAAGGAGUGGAAUGGCAUGAUGGGCGAGCUGCUCAGUGGGCAAGCAGACAUGAUUGUGGCACCACUGACCAUCAACAAUGAGCGGGCGCAGUACAUUGAAUUCUCCAAGCCCUUCAAGUACCAGGGCCUGACCAUUCUGGUCAAAAAGGAGAUCCCCCGGAGCACCCUGGACUCGUUCAUGCAGCCCUUUCAGAGCACACUGUGGCUGCUGGUGGGGCUGUCCGUGCACGUGGUGGCUGUGAUGCUGUACCUGCUGGAUCGCUUCAGUCCCUUUGGCCGAUUCAAAGUGAAUAGUGAGGAGGAAGAGGAAGAUGCACUGACCCUGUCAUCUGCCAUGUGGUUCUCCUGGGGUGUCCUGCUCAACUCUGGCAUUGGAGAAGGUGCGCCCCGCAGCUUCUCGGCGCGCAUCCUGGGCAUGGUGUGGGCCGGCUUCGCCAUGAUCAUCGUCGCCUCUUACACUGCCAACCUGGCUGCCUUCCUGGUGCUAGACAGGCCCGAGGAACGCAUCACAGGCAUCAAUGACCCACGGCUCAGGAACCCCUCCGACAAGUUCAUUUAUGCGACUGUGAAGCAGAGCUCGGUGGACAUCUACUUCCGGCGGCAGGUGGAGCUGAGCACCAUGUACCGGCACAUGGAGAAGCACAACUAUGAGAGCGCCGCAGAGGCCAUCCAGGCCGUGCGGGACAACAAGCUUCACGCCUUCAUCUGGGACUCAGCUGUGCUGGAGUUCGAGGCUUCCCAGAAGUGUGACCUGGUAACCACAGGAGAGCUGUUCUUCCGCUCUGGCUUUGGCAUUGGCAUGCGCAAGGACAGCCCCUGGAAACAAAAUGUCUCCCUGUCCAUACUCAAGUCCCAUGAGAACGGCUUCAUGGAAGACCUGGACAAGACAUGGGUCCGGUACCAGGAAUGCGACUCUCGCAGCAAUGCCCCUGCAACCCUCACUUUUGAGAACAUGGCAGGGGUCUUCAUGCUGGUGGCUGGCGGCAUCGUGGCAGGGAUCUUCCUGAUUUUCAUUGAGAUUGCCUACAAGAGACACAAGGAUGCCCGCAGAAAGCAAAUGCAGCUGGCCUUUGCAGCCGUGAACGUGUGGAGGAAGAACCUGCAGGAUAGAAAGAGUGGUAGAGCAGAGGCUGACCCUAAAAAGAAAGCCACAUUUAGGGCUAUCACCUCCACCCUGGCCUCCAGCUUCAAGAGACGUAGGUCCUCCAAAGACACGAGCACCGGGGGUGGACGCGGCGCUUUGCAAAACCAAAAAGACACAGUGCUGCCGCGACGCGCUAUUGAGAGGGAGGAGGGUCCGCUGCAGCUGUGUUCCCGUCAUAGGGAGAGCUGAGACGCCCCGCCCGCCCUCCUCUGCCCCUCCCCCGCAGACAGACAGACAGACGCGGGACGGCGGCCCGGCCACGCAGGACCCCGGAGCUCCACGGGGUCGGGGAGGAGCACCCCCAGCCUCCCCCAGGCCGCGCGCGCCCGCCCGCCGGCGGCCCCCCACCCUGAGCCGGCCCGCACCCGCGCCCGGCCCGCACCCGCGCCCGGCGGCGGGGCUAACGGGCCGCCUUGUCUGUGUAUUUCUAUUUUGCAGCAGUACCAUCCCACUGAUAUCUCGGGCCCGCUCAACCUCUCAGAUCCCUCGGUCAGCACCGUGGUGUGAGGCCCCGGAGCCGCCCACCUGCCCCGUUAGCCCGGCCCAGGACACUGAUGAGUCCGGCAGCUCGGGAAGGCCCGAGGGAAGCCCGCCCGCCCGCCCCAGAGACUGCCCGCCCGCCCCGCCCGGGCCGCCCCUGCGCCCGCCCGCCGGGACCCAGGUGCCAAGCGGAGGACGGGCCGAAGCCGAGCCGGCUGGGCAGGGCCGCGGGGCACGCCGGCGGGGACGGGG